AUAACCCGCAAUAAUAACUGAACACAUGGUAUAGUGUGAAUUGGUGAGCAAAUUUUAAAAAAUUAACAAAAUAAUUUCGUUAAAAUGUCUGAUUUAAGUAAAUUGCUGUUUGAGUUUAAUAAUAGUAAGCCUGUGAAUAAUACGAACGAAUGGAAUAGAAAUUAUGUUGAACUACUUCAACAUAUGACAUAUACGUUAGAGCACCACGACCCACUUAAACACUUCAAUAUGAAUCUGUUGAAAAAAAUCGAUAUGGAGUAUUCGGAAAAAUUGUACCAAAAAAAUAAUGGAGAUAAUUUGGCUUACCCACUAAAUCAGAGUAGCUUAUUGAACUUUGAUAGAGCUAAACGCACUGAAGCAUAUAACAAUGCUGUAUUGGAUCAGAAAAGAAAAUUAAUAGAGGCAACCAAUUUAUUGAAACUACUUAAUAGCGAUGAUAACUUGAGGGCUCAAUAUAAAUUAUCUCUUUUAACUAAUUUAAAAUCGCCCGAUAGUAACAUUCUGUCUGAGAAAAGCACUCCAUCACUUGAAAUCAAUAUGCAACAAACUAAAGCCCAUAAAAUGAAUAAUAGCUCACAUCAAAUGAGCAAUACUGACUUGAUGACUACGGAAGAUAAUUUAUCACUAUUAAAUAAUUUAUCAGAAACUGAGGCACACCAAUUAGAAAUUAAUUCCAAAUCCCUUGAAGUGCUGGAUAAGGAAUGCACUACAUCACAACCAAACAAUUUUUCACAUACUUCAUCCGAUAUAUUAAAAGAUAGUGCUAUAUUAGGUGAUGUCAACAUAGACGACAUAGAAAAUAGUUUUGCAUCGCAUUCGUUAAAGGUCAAUCCCAAAUCGUCUUGUAAUAAUUUGGUGUCUGGAGAAAUCAGUCCAUCACGAACAAAUAAUUUAUUCAAAAAACCAUGCCAUUCAUCUGAAAACAGCUCUACACUGCAAGGGUUAAACGAUGAAGACUUGAAAAAUAAUGCUGUAUUACUAAAUAAUUUGUUUGGAAUAAUGCCGUGUUCAUUAGAAGUCAACUCUAAAUCGCCACAUAGUAACUUGUUGUCUGAAGAAAACAGCCCAUCACCAACAACCAAUUUAUCAGAAAUUGGAUUUCCCUAUUUAGCAAACAAUUUUAAAUCGUCUAAUAGGAACUGUCAGUCCAGGGAGAACAGUCCAUCACCAACAACCCAUUUGUCAGAAAGUGCAUUGCAAUUACUAAGAGAUAGUGCCGUAUCUUAUAAUAGUAACAAUCUAAGCAGUCCAUCGUCGACGACAAAUUCAUUAGAAAUUGCAUUACAAUCGUUAAUAGAUAAUUCCACAUCAUCUAGUAGUGGUUUGUUGUCCAGGAAAAGCAGUCCAUCACCUAGUCCAUCAUCCAACUUAUCACAUCCAGUCGAUCAGCUUGAAGAUUGCUCCGCAUUAUAUAAAAUCGAUAAUGAUGACUUGGAAAGUAACUCAUCACAAUUUAAUAAUUUAUUUGAAACGGCAUCGCGUUUGUGGGGUUUAAAUUCCAACUCGCCACAGAGCAGCGUGCUAUCCCAAAAAAGCAGUCCAUCACUAACAGCAAAAUCAUCAGAAAAUCCAUCUCGCUCGUUCAGAGUUAAUUCCAUAUCGUCUAAUGGUAGCUCGCUAUCUGGAGAAACUAGUUUAUCACCAACAAUAAAUGUAUUACAAUCAUCAAUGGGUAAUUACGGGCAAUCCAAUACGAACGUUAUGGAUUACGUAAGAGAUACUCACUUACAGAUAAAUGACAAUGAAAAUUAUUUAGCUACGGAACUCUGUGAAGAAUUUAAUGUAGAUCCGCAUUGCCUUAAUUAUGACAAACGGCAACUCGAUACAGCCUUACUAUUAGCGGGUAAUAAAUAUGAGUGGCCUACGAGAAAUGACUACAAUAUUUUGAAACGUAAAUAUUUUCAAAUGCAUGAAGAAGACAAAUAUCAUUUUCCGAAAUUCAAAAAUACAACACGUGGACAUUUUGUUGUUAUUGGACCAAAUGGUACAGAAAUAAAACGAAGUGCAUUUGAGCGAAUAAUUUGGCAACCGGCAUCAAAUGCAACACGUGCACUGCUCGUACUAAUUUUCGGUGAGGAAACGCUAGCUACACAUUCCCUAAGUGGAUUUCAGAGAGCAGGGACUGGGGAUCUCCCACGUCAAAUAUUUAAAAAAUUGGAUCCAGAUACAGUAGCUGAUAUCACUCAUUGCGUGAUGGUGAUGUCAAAAGCUACUGAGCGUGAAAUACGUGUUACUAUCAACCAAAAAUGCAGUGUUAUUCGUAUAAAAUAUAAGAAACUAGCUAUAGCUAAGGCGUCACAAACGCAAUAGAUCGAUCAUUCGUAUUCAUAUUGAUUUUUAUUUAUAUGUCCAUAAAGGAUUAAUCGAGUUAUUUUAUAUCUUAACGAACUUAUAUACUUGAUUAGAGAACAUAAAAUGAUAUAACUUACUUUAGCUUUAUAUAUAUACAUUUAUAUACACAC